AUGUCAAACUUAGUUGCCCACUUGACUGAUUCCAAUAGCCUCUUUAAGAUUGGAUUUCUAGACGAGGUUAGUAGUUGGACUUUGUUCUCCAAAAUUGUAUUUGGGGAACAAAGCUUUCCUACUCAACUCGAGAGUAUCGGAAAGAAAAUUGUGGAAAAGUGUAAAGGACUUCCUUUGUCUAUUGUUGUGAUAGGAGGUCUAAUGGCUAAAUCCGAACUUACACUAAAAUAUUGGGAGCACAUUGAGGAAAACUUAAGCUUAAUAGUGAAUUCAGAUAAUGAUGAUUAUUGCUUGAGAAUAUUGAAACUGAGCUAUAACCACUUGUCUGUCCAUCUAAAGCCUUGUUCUCUGUAUAUGGGAGUGUUUGAGGAAGACAGUGAAAUUCUUGCUAGAGUGAUCAUCCGACUAUGGGUUUCUGAAGGAUUUCUUAAGCCAAUAGACGAUAAAAGCAUGACAAAAAUUGCGAAGCAAUACUUGAAAGAACUAGUGGAUAGAAAUAUCAUACUAGUUUAUGAGAAGGAGAUAAUUGGGAAUGUUAUAUCCUACAAAAUUCAUGAUUUACUAAGAGAUCUAUCAAAGAAAGAAGCUCUGAAACAGAACCUUUUUUAUGUGUUGAGGGAAGAAAGUCCUCAACGACUAAUAAGCCAACAACGUAUUGUUAUUCCUAGAAGCACUUCAAUGAUAAAAAUCCAGGAUGCCUUGAAAUAUAUUCCCCGUGCUCGUUAUUAUCUAGUAUGUGGUAAAAGAGAUGUUGAUCAGUUCCCAAAUUCUAGAUUUUUGAGGAUAUCGCAUACGUGUAGUUAUGAUAGGCUAUGUAAAGAGGAGUAUUCACAAUUAAAUGUGUUUGAGUUGAUGAACUCACGAUACCAUGCUGUUGCAACUCAUGAGAAGUUUGUAAUUCCUUCUUCCAUCAAUCUGCUUUGGAAUUUAGAUACACUAAUUAUUUGCCGUGGGGAGGAUUUGAUUGCACCAACUGAAAUCUGGAAAAUGUAUAAACUUAGGCACCUCGUGUUUUCUGGUUGUAGUUUGUAUCUCCCAGAUCCUUCGUGCGCGGACGAUGAUACUAUUAUGAUGGAGAAUCUAGAAGUGCUCAUUGAAGUGAAUAAUUUGAAUGUAAGUGAAGAUGUUGUUAAAAGAAUUCCCAAUAUCAAGGAAUUGAUUAUGAGAUAUUCGGGGCAACUAAUUGAUGAACUAUCUGAGCUGUCUUCAAUGUCUUAG